AUGGUAAAGACUCUCAGUGGUCUACAUAUCGCGAAAACCGUAUUCGGACCUGCAAUUUACGGGAAAGAAGUUGUUGAUGCAAAGAACAAAAAAGAUAAUCUGUGCUACGGACCCACUACUGUACAUGAAAACAGCGAACAAGAGAUUUUGAGAAAAAUGUUCGAACUCGAAGGUCUCGGUAUAUCAGCACAAGAUUGUCAAAAAGACGACAUGAUCCACAAAUACCUUGAUGAAUAUUCAAAGAAAAUUUCGUUCGAACAAGGACGCAUAAUUGCUCCAUUUCCUUCGAAAGAAAACAUUUCUUAA